AUGAAGACCGUAUACUCACUCCUUACCCUCCUCUCCGUAUCUUUCGUUGCUGCCGGGCCGCUGCCGGCACACCUUGGGCGAAAUGCUCCGAUAAUGAAGCGAACGGAGCACCUCGUCGAACCCGCUCCUACCCAUGCUAUGCCUCCUCCAGCUGCGGAAGGGGUGGAUCCCAAUAAAGCGGCAGCGGAUGCGGCUGCCGCGGAACACAAGGCAAAGGCAGAUGCUAUGGAAGCUAUGCACGUAGCAGAAGCCGAAGCGAAAGAGAAGGCUCACCAAGAGGCUGCCGCACAGAUGGAAGCGAUGCAUGUUGCGGAAGCCCAGGCGAACGACCAAGCCGACCAAGAAGCCGCCGCCCAGAUGGAAGCAAUGCAUGUGGCAGAAGCUGAAGCCAAAGAGAAAGCUCACCAAGAGGCAGCUGCACAGAUGGAAGCAAUGCACGUCGCGGAAGCAGAAGCCAAGGACAAGGCUCAUUUAGAAGCCGCCCUCCAAGCAGAAGCCGAACACAUCGCAAAGCUAGAAGCGGAAGCCGCAGCCCACAAAGCCGAAGCAGACAGGAAGGAACUCGAACAUCAGCAAGCAGCUCAGCAAGCGGAGAUCGAACACCAACAGGCAGCGCAGCAGGAGGCUGAGCAGGCACAGGAGACGGCUAUGCCUGAGCCUCCUCCAGCGCCUAUGCCCACGGAGGUGCUUGCAUCGGAGCAUGUGGCUACGCCUACCAGCGCUGUGGAGCACGUAGCUAUGCCUACGGUCGUCGUAGAAGAAGCUGAGCCCACGAGCGUCGCGGAGCAUGUCGUGGCGGAGUCUACACCGGCGGUAGCGCACAUAGCCGAGACCACCAGCACCGUGGAGCACGUCGCUAUGCCUACGGUCGUCGUACAAGAAGCCGAGUCCACGAGCAUCGCGGAGCAUGUCAUGGUCGAGUCUGCAACGGCGGUGGAGCACGUAGCCGAGACCACCAGCGUUGUGGAACACGUAGCGCCUACAUCAACCGGGGCUCCGGAGCAUGUGCCCACGCCAGCACCGACCGAGGCAGCAGUACUAGAACACCCCGGGAACGCCGAAGAGAGUGUCGAAGUCGAGGUUCAAGUCGAACAUCCGGCCGUCAAUGAUACCGAGCCGGCCGCGAGCAAUGCCACUGUUCAUGAGAGGAGGGCGAGGCGAAUGCGCCAUGCUGCGAGGCUGUAUUAG